AUGUCUCUACCAGCCCAACCCCUCUAUGACCUCCCGAGGGUCAUCAUCACCCCCUCCUCCCCUCCUGCCAAUGGCAGUGCCCUCCUCCCCUCCCAUCCCAACUAUCCCAAGCGCACCCAGCGCAACCGUCCCAAGGCACACCGGUCGUACACAGCCCCAGAGUAUUCCACAAAGCACCUCUAUCCCCCCUCUCCCUUUUCCCUACCACCGGCAAAGAGCGGUCGCCGCCCUCUACGCUCGCCACUGUACUCUCUAGCAAUGCUGCUAGUGGGGCUGGUGUUGAUAGCAUCCUCGGUGAUGUGCGCCGGCGAUUCGGCGGAGGCCUUACUGGAGAUGGAACAGAAGGGGCUGAGGAAGCUGGGGGAUGUAGGGAGGGGCGUGGGGGCGAAACUGGGAUGGGAUGUGAAACAGGAGAAGGAGGAGCAAGUGAAAAUACCGAUUGCCUCGGCGGCGGAAUCGGCGGUGACGGACGACGAAGAGGCUGGAAGAGUGUUCCUAGAAGAAGGGCGGGGAGUAGAUGAGAACACAAUACCCCUGGAUGACAGGUUGGAUACGGAGCGUCUGCUGGAAGAACAAACGGGUUCGAUGGAGAUGGCAGUUGAAGAGCUUGAACUGAGCGGAGAACCCUCAGAGUUGUAG